GAGAAUGCCAUCAAGCUGCCUUCACUCGUGCAGGAAACUCUAACUUCCUACGCACCACAAGUCAGUUCAAAAGCAAGUGUCUCUGAGCACGUUGCUGAUACGAUGCUCGGUCGUACAGUGGAAGACGUCUCCAGUGGAUCCGAUUCUGACUACUCUAACUCAUGGAUCUCCUGGUUUCUAUCCUCCAAAGGCAAUGAAUAUUUCUGUGAAGUCGACGAAGAUUAUAUCUUAGAUAGGUUCAACUUGACCGGGCUCAACAACGAAGUCAGCAACUAUGGCCAAGCCUUAGACUUAAUUACUGACAAUCUUGACGAUGAUAUACAAGACGAACUGCGUGGCGCUCUGGAUGUACAGGCCCGCUUACUAUACGGUCUCAUCCAUGCGCGGUGGAUCGUAACCGCACGCGGACUUGCAAAGAUGCUUGAAAAGUACAAGAGGGUGGAAUUUGGUCGCUGCCCUCGUGUUCUCUGCCAGUCACAACCCCUCUUACCGGUGGGACUGAGCGACAUUCCGUAUGAGAAAUCUGUCAAACUGUACUGCGGCCGCUGUGAAGAUGUUUACUCUCCCAAAUCAUCACGACAUGGUUCCAUCGAUGGCGCGUAUUUCGGCACAUCCUUCCCGCACCUCUUCUUCAUGGUUUAUCCUAACCUUAUCCCACCAAAAGUUGGCCCGAUUGAAAUCCCCCCUACUCGUCCUCAUGAAUCCGAGGUUAAUAAGAGGAACAGGCGGACACGGGAAGAGCCAGAAAUCCCUGAGAAUGUCACUGAGCCAGGGAGUACUGCUGCAGCUGCACUAAAGGCCGAUCGGUAUCGUCCACGGAUCUAUGGUUUUCAGGUGCACGAGAUUGCUAAGUUGCAGAGAUGGCAAGAGGCAGUCAGAGAUAGACAAGUGAGCAGGCUGGAAGCGCUGGAGGACCUCUCUUGACUUGUUGUACGACUGUGCGUUCUUUUAUGUCGCCAAUAUUGGUCAGCCAGAUAAACCACAUAUUAGAUCGGAGCACUGCUCUGCUGUGAGGGAUCGCGAUCCAUUCAUGCGGCUUGGAUGAGCAGCUUUCCCUUCUACAUACUUCAAUGUACAUAUGCGUACAUAUAUCACUUUCAGUCGUAAGUAGUUGGUAGAUACG